AUGUGCACAUUGACCACAAUUCUUGUUGCUUUGCUGAUCUUUCUGGUUCUGGUCUAUGUUUUCCUAACAUGGAACUUCAACUACUGGAAGAAGCGUGGCAUCCAGACAGCUCCCACGUGGCCGUUUGUGGGCAGUUUUCCCAGCAUUUUCACCAGGAAGAGGAAUAUCGCCUACGAUAUUGAUGAUAUCUACGAAAAGUAUAAAGACACGGAAAACAUGGUGGGUGUUUUUACCACGCGAGUUCCCCAAUUACUGGUCAUGUGUCCGGAAUAUAUACACAAGAUCUAUGCCACCGACUUUCGUAGCUUUCACAAUAAUGAAUGGCGGAAUUUUGUGAGCAAAAAGACUGACAUGAUCCUGGGCAACAAUCCGUUUGUGUUAACGGGCGAUGAAUGGAAGGAAAGAAGGUCGGAGAUCAUGCCAGCACUGUCGCCCAAUCGAGUCAAAGCCGUUUACCCAGUGUCACAAAGCGUGUGCAAGAAGUUUGUGGAAUACAUCAGGCGACAGCAGAGUAUGGCCACCAGCCAGGGCUUGGAUGCCAUGGAUCUGUCCCUUUGCUACACCACCGAGGUGGUUUCCGACUGCGGUCUGGGUGUCUCGGCCCAGAGUUUCACGGACACGCCCACGCCGCUGUUGAAAAUGAUAAAGCGUGUGUUCAACACCUCCUUUGAGUUCAUCUUCUACAGCGUGGUCACCAACUUGUGGCAGAAAGUGCGCCAGUUCUACAGCGUGCCGUUCUUCAACAAGGAAACCGAAGCGUUUUUCCUCGACAUCAUCAGGCGGUGCAUUACUCUAAGACUGGAAAAGCCAGACCAACAGCGCGACGAUUUCCUCAACUACAUGCUGCAGUUGCAGGAGAAGAAGGGCCUGCACACGGACAACAUUCUGAUUAACACGAUGACCUUCAUUCUGGACGGAUUCGAGACUACGGCUCUGGUGCUGGCGCACAUUAUGCUGAUGCUGGGACGCAAUCCGGAGGAGCAGCAAAAGGUCCGCAAGGAAGUCGGCCAUGCGGAUCUGACCUUUGAUGAAAUGUCCGAACUUCCGUAUCUGGACGCCUGCAUAUAUGAAACUUUGCGUUUGUUUUCACCGCAAGUAGCAGCCCGCAAACUGGUCACCGAACCCUUUGAGUUUGCGAACAAGAACGGACGCACUGUGCACUUGAAACCCGGAGAUGUGGUCACCAUACCCGUAAAAGCUCUGCACCACGAUCCGCAGUAUUAUGAGGAUCCUAUGACUUUUAAGCCGGAGCGAUUCCUUGAGAGCAAUGGAGGUGGUAUGAAAAGUUAUAGGGACAGGGGUGUGUAUCUAGCGUUUGGCGACGGACCUCGUCACUGUCCAGGUAUGCGAUUUGCGCUGACUCAGCUCAAAGCAGCUCUGGUGGAAAUUUUGAGAAACUUCGAGAUCAAGGUGAAUCCCAAAACCCGCUCGGACAAUCAGAUAGAUGAUACGUUCUUCAUGGCCACCUUGAAGGGUGGCAUUUACCUGGACUUUAAAGAACUUUAAUCGUUAGUAAUUAUA